AUGUCCACCGAAGCUAUUGUCAACUUGACCAGAAAAGAAUGGACUGAAUCAGCAACAAAAGCCGCCUCGGACAAGGUGAACGCGAAGGAAAGCUAUGAGGAACAAAAAGAGUAUUCAAUGGACACUGACUCUUUUGAUGACUGGGCUCGCAAGAACGUCCCUUAUUUUUUGGACAGCUACCAGGAUUACCUCAACAAAAAAGAUGCAUUUUUCAAUGUUCUCAGGCAGCAUGACUCUGCAAAGCAAAAAGACCUUAUGAAGAAGUUUGGUAUGCUGCGAUUUCAUUGGGAUCAGGGUGAUCUUGGUGAUGGAAAAGAAAAAGGCUCAAAAUUCAUCAUUGUCUCCUAUGAUGACCUAGAGCGGUAUGAUGAGAUUAUAAAUGCUAUGUACGAGGCGCAACGAAAGGCUGCUCAGUCCUGA